AUGCCAGUCAGAUCUGAGAACGAGCCGGGUCCAGACAUCCCGGACGGGAAAGCAGCAGAACUUGAAUCCCUAACUAUUCGAUACGACCCCCGAUUUGAAGCCUCGGCAAAUGGUAUUCUAUGGCACGAAGACUGUUUGAACCACUUCCACCAGAGUCUCAAACACCUGACUAUUGUCAACGCUUUUUGCGGCAACUGGAAUAACUUCUUCCGCGACAUCGCAAAGGCUCAACUCGAAACAUUGGAUAUUGUGAUUGAGGAUGAUGUUCUCGGGAUGGUUAGGACGAAAGUGCCGUCGUAUGAAGACGUGGAGAAUGGGUUGGUGUGUGUUCAGGAGCGGUUUAAGAAGGCCGCCGAGAAGGUGGAGGUUAGGCCGGAUUGGGUGUUCGAUCUUGUGAAGCGGGUGUGGAAAAAUCAGGAUGAUAUCGUUGAUCGGUUGUUGGAGGAUAGCGAUGAGGAGGGGGCGUUUGAUUGGGAAGAGGAUGAUGAUGACGAUGAGGAAGAGGAAGUUGAAGGAUGA